AUGUGUGAUAUCCUAGCGGCGAUAUCCUACAGCUAUGGAUAUAAUGAGCGGCCUAGAAAACGGGUUAAAAUAAAUAUGACCAUCCCAUCGAGACCAGCACCGCCACCACCGCAGCGUAAUACGACCGCGCCUUUGCGCUACACACCCACGACAGAUUGGGACUUAUGUGCGUUCGACUCCAGCAGCGCAUCCAGCGGCCAACUCGCAACCGGAAAUGGGCAAGGCUUUCCGGUGCAACAGUCACACAAUGUCAAAGCAAAAAAGCCACCUCCACCAAGGCCACCACCGCCAAAGCUAUCAGCCGCACCGACGGCUCCGCUUAAGAAACCUAACCAACCGCAAUCGAUAAACAUUCUGUCCAGCUUGUUUGGCCAUAAACGGGGGCCGAAUGGGGCGACUGCAAGCAAACCAGUCAGCGGUCCAAAACACAAUUGCAUUGCCGGGCCGGUCAAAUUGCUUCCGCCUCCAUCGACGAAGUCUGUGCCAGGGAAGGUUUCAAAUUUUACAACUUUCACUGAACAUCACAGCAGCAGUAGCAGUACCAACUAUGGUUCAUUUGUCCAGUCGUCGAGGAGUACCGGAACGGGAUCAACCGCAUCGACGGAGAUGCAACUGAUAAAUUUCGAUUCGCCGCCCAGUUCGCCGACCUUUACACAGAAAUCCUGCAGUGAUUGCAUUAGCGUGGACAGCUUCAGCUCAGACUCGAACUACUCGUCUCCCAACAAUGGUAACAUGUCCCAGGCUGAAAGUGGUUUUGAGGAUGAUUUUGUGGCAUGUGGCAGUAACAAUCGCCACCAGCCCGGUGCUAGUGUAUUGUUGGGCGAUCUGGACCCGUUCGAAGGUGGCCAUAGUACGGCCGCACCAACGCCUGUCAUUUACGGCACACUGCCGCUAGCAUCGUCUGCAACGGCCCAGAUUCGGGCACCGUUGAUAAACAGCAAACUGCAACAAUCCGAUUUCGUCGAUCCUCUGUGCAAUGGACGGAGCGUUCUACCGAAGGUACCGAUCAUGUCAAUGCCCACGAUAAUAAAACCCCCUACCAACAGUAACCCAGAGAGCCAAAAAUCUACUCCGUCCCAUUCGGCACACACGCGAAAUUUCAACGGAGCACUCAAAACUAUCGCCCUACCGACGGGCCGUGGAUAUGCAGGAAUGGACGAUGAUUUCACAUCGGAUACGGGAGCUUUCGAUUCACUUAAGUCCCAUCCAAUGCCGAGUGUACCACCGCCACCACCACCACCGCUCUCCGAUGAGCCGUACACGGAAGAACCGUACGGUAUUGCACUAUACGACUUCCAGGGUGAAGCGGAUGAGGAUUUGAGUUUUAAGACAAAUGAGAAGAUUUAUCUACUGAAGCGACUGAACAAUGAGUGGUAUAUGGGUCGCGACAAACGUGGCCUUGAAGGAAUGUUUCCCGUGAACUACGUUGAGGUGAAGGUGCCGCUCGCUGCAGGCUGUGCGUCUGAAGAAUCGCCCCAUGGCAACGAAACGUCGUCUGCUGUGAAAGUGCGGGCACUGUACAGCUUCAAAGCGGAAGCACCCGAAGAUCUUACUAUAAUGGAGAACGAUUACGUUGCCGUACUGUAUCAAAUCACAGCCGACUGGCUGUACGGAGAGAUCGAUGGCCGGAGAGGUCAGUUUCCAGCGAACUAUAUAGAGUAUGUGCCACCGAACCUACCGCAGAUGCCUAUAACAAGCAGCUAA